UCGUUAAGAAUGUCGUUAAGGAUGGCAAGUGCUCUGGCAACACUUUGUGGUUAAGCAGUGGGAGCUGGACAGUUCAACAUGCUUGGAUUUUACUUGUAGAGAUCAUGGCUCAUUACUGGAUUUACAUCUUUGUUGCUCACCCCAGUUUUCGUCUUCACCUCGCCGAUACUAAAGCUCCUACGUCAAGAUAAAGACAUUUCAAAUCUUGCAGGAAAAUACGCGAUUUGGAUAAUUCCUCAAAUGUUUGCAUAUGCACUCAACUUUCCUAUGCAAAAGUUUCUUCAAUCUCAGAGUAAAGUUUGGUUCAUGGCCAUUAUUUCCAUGAGAGGAUUGGCAAUUCAUGUAUUGCUAAAUUGGAUUCUUGUUUUAAAGGCGGGACAUGGGAUUUUCAGUGCUGCAAUUGCUGGAAAUAUCUCUUGGUGGCUUUUGAACAUUGCUCAGUUUGUUUACAUAAUUUCGGGCUAUUUCCCAGAGGCGUGGACUGGUUUUUCAUGUCUAGCUUUCAAGUCAUUGACUAAUUUCGUGAAGCUAUCACUUGCCUCUGCAAUAAUGGUGUGUUUAGAGCUUUGGUACUUCACAGCAGUGAUUCUAAUGGUAGGAGGCUUGAAAAAUGCUACAAUUUCUGUUGACGCUAUAUCGAUCAGGUUAGUAUCGUGUUACUCCAUAGCAGCUACAUUCUUGAGAUAGUUCACUUUUGCAUGAUAAUUAUACAUACUGAUAGUUUGAUGAAUUUUUGAGAUAACCAGUCUUUUCUUGUCUCACAAAUUUGAUUCUUGAUUUUCUCUUUCUUUUCUCUUUCUUUCAUUACAAAGCCUUUCAUGUUAACCAAUUUGUUUGGA